AUGACGAAUCUGGACGUGCUGCUACUGAAAGGCGCCAAUGAUGGCUUGACAGAGGAGAACCUGGCGGAACUGCGCUACACAAUCCUGACCAAGGGCAUACCCGCAAACAGCGAGGGCAUGUCCGAGCUCCGCAUCUACGUCUGGCUCAUCCUCCUCAACGCACCUCCCCUCCGCACCGAUGUGUACCUCGACCUCGUGCGUCAAGGCGCCUCGCCCGCGCACGCCAAAAUCCAAAACGACACCUUCCGCACCUUCCAGGGCGAUCCGCUGUUCCGGCGGCGCGUGACGCAAAACAGCAUCACGCGGGUGCUCAACGCGGUCGCAUGGCGGCUCAACGACGCGCACGAGGCGCGCGUCAACGGCUGGCAGUCGCCGCCGACGCUGAGCGAGUUCGGCGGGUCCCCCAACACCAGCAUCAUCUCGCGCCACAGCUUCAGCACGGCCAACCCCAGCACCACCACCGACGCCGAGCAGAUCGGCUACGUGCAGGGCAUGAACGUGCUGUGCGGGCCGUUUCUGUACGCGGCCAAGGGCGAGGUCGAGGCGUUUACGGGCUUCGAGACGCUGAUUACGCGCGAGUGUCCCGGCUAUGUGCGCGGCAGCAUGGACGGGGUGCACAGGGGGCUUGCGCUGGUGGACCGCGUGCUGGAGGUUGUGGACCCCAAGCUGCACGCGCACCUGAUGGCGCACCGCAUGGAGGCCAAGAUCUACGCGUUUGCGUCGGUGCUAACCAUGUGUGCGUGCACGCCGCCGCUGCCCGAGGUGCUGUUGCUGUGGGACUUUCUGUUUGCGUACGGCCCGCAUCUGAAUAUCUUGUGUAUUGUGGCGCAGCUGGUGCUGCUCCGGGGAGAGAUUUUGAACAGUCCGAGCCCGAACCAGAUCCUGAGGAACCUGCCUGGGCUGCAGGCGCGGAAGAUUAUCGACGUAGCUGUGAGCUUCUCGGGUCAGAUUCCAGAAGAUAUGUACGCGGAGAUUGUGUGCCAUGCGAAGUAG